AUGCCCGCCAUGGACCAGAACAAGCAGCUCGUCUGGCCUGGGCAGAACGAGUACAAGACUACGAACGCGACGAUCUCGGCAGGCACCCCAGACGGCGAAUACCUCCUCCGCGUGGAGCACAUCGCCCUGCACAUGGCCAUGCAAGCCAACAAGGCCCAGUUCUAUCUAGUUUGCUCCCAGAUCACAAUCACUGGUGGUGGAAGUGGCACGCCGGGCCCUCUCGCAUCGUUCUCCGGGGCGUACAAGAGCAGUGACCCAGGCAUUCUGGUGAACCUGCAAACUCUUCAACCGGACGCCUACAUCCCACCGGGACCGGCUGUGUGGAGCGGCUGA